AUGCCUUCCUGCUCCCGUUGCCGAAAAGACUCUCGUCGUGUCUACGUCGUAUCCGCAGAAUCCGAUCGCUGUUCGAACUACGUCCUAGCAGGUAGUUCGGCGAAGUACGACGUCUGGGGGCCUUCACAAGAUACCCUGGAUAAAGCGGAAGAGAAAGAAAAGGAGGAAAAGGAAACGGAAGCUCGUCGUAAAGCGGAGUCGCAGCAGCUGGCUGCUACGACCGGCAGCCUAAGCAACGACUUUCUUUUCGACUUUGGUUUUCUGCCAGGCCCCGAUAACCCUGUUUGGGAAACCCUUGGUUUUAGUAGAACUCCUCAAAUAUCCGGUAGCAGUUGA